AGUCAAUAUAAAUCAGUUGACAGAGACAGCAGUAAGAGAAUCUUUUUGAAUUAACUUACCAUGGCUGUUGGUAUCUUUAUAAGUCUCCUGUUCGUUGCGGCCGCAUCCAUUUAUUAUUGGAUAAGUUCCAAGUACACCUACUUCGAACGCCACGGAUUCUUGUCGAAGAAACCGGCAUUGCCGCACGGAAACUUGGCCGAAGUCGGUACCAAAUUUCACCUCAGCCAUGUCCUGAAGCAAUUCUACGAAGAAUUCAAAAACAAGGCUCCAGCCCAUGGAUUAUAUCAGUUCCUGAUGAGUCCUAGCUUUGUCGUCACAGAUCUGGAUGUGAUCAAGGACAUCUUGAUCAAAGAUUUCGAUAAUUUCCGCAACCGCGGCAUCUACCACACCGAAGAUGAUGUGCUGUCCAAUCAUCUAUUCAUCAUCGAGGAUGAGCCGUGGAAAACGAUGCGCCAGAGCCUGUCACCUACAUUUACCAGCGGUAAAAUGAAGGUCAUGUUCCAUACGGUACUCGAUAUAUCCAAUAAAUUGGUUGAGUAUAUGAAACAGCAAGAUGAGGUGGUCGAAGUGAAAGAAGUGCUGGCAAAAUUCACAACAGAUGUGAUCAGCAACGUAGCCUUUGGAUUGGAGUCUAACUCACUGAAUGAUCCGAAUUCUACGUUCCGGAAAAUGGGACUGAAGUUCUUCAAUUUCGAUCGGAAACGACAGAUACGAGCGUUUAUUGUUCUGUCGUUUCAAACGAUUGCAAGGAAGCUGAAAGUUGCUCUGACUCCGAAAGAUGUUUCCGACUUUUUCAUUGCCACGAUACGAGACACGGUGGACUAUCGCCGAAAGAACAAAAUUGAACGGAAGGAUUUCUUGGACCUGCUGUUGAAAGUGAAUAACAACGGAAAAUCACUGACGCUAAAUGAAAUGACCGCACAAAGUUUUGUGUUCUGGAUCGCUGGUUUCGAGACAAGCAGCAGCACAGCCACUUUCUGUUUGUACUUCCUGUCCAUUCACCAGGACAUUCAGGAAAAAUUGAGAACCGAAAUUCAAACGACUUUGGCCAAGUACGACAACCAAAUCACCUACGAAGGAAUUAUGGAAAUGAAGUACCUUCAAAUGGUCAUCGAUGAGGCACUACGGCUGUAUGGUCCCGUUUUCAAUUUAAUGAGAAAAGCCGAAAAUGAUUACAAAAUUCCGAACACCAAUUUGGUGAUACCGAAGGGCGCCAGGGUUUCCAUUCCGGUUAAUGCUAUACAUACCGAUCCCGAAUACUAUCCCGAACCGGAAAAGUUCAUUCCCGAACGCUUCUCCGAAGAGAACAAAAAGGACAGGCAUCCAAUGGCACACCUGCCAUUCGGCGACGGCCCUCGAAAUUGUAUUGGACUACGCUUUGGCUUGAUGCAAACGAAAAUUUCACUAAUUCAAUUGCUUACGAAUUUCAAAUUUUCGCCAUCGUCAAAAACCCCCAUUCCUAUGGUGCUACAUCCCACUUCCGUGGUUAUGUCGCCUCGUGAUGACAUGCAUUUGAAAGUUGAGAAAUUGUAGAAAAAAAGUUUAUUUAUUUCAUAAAAAGCAAAUGUUCGAUAAGAUUACAAGGUAGCAUGCCA